AAAAAAGAAAAAAACUAAGGUAAGAGCAAAAAAAAACAAAAUGGAGACUGAAAAUUUAGUGCCAGUAAUUGAUUUACAGGAUUUUCCAAGGCAAUCAUCCAAGUUGAUUUGGGCGUGUGAAGAAUGGGGUUGUUUCAGAAUUUUGAACCAUGAUAAAAUCCUUCCAGUUUCACUCAUGGCAGAGAUGAAGGAAGUGGUGAGGACAUUGUUUGAUCUUCCAAUUGAAAUCAAGAAACGCAACAAGGAUGUACUUGCAGGAUCUGGAUACAUGGCUCCUAGUGAAAAAAACCCUCUUUAUGAAGCGUUUGGUCUCUAUGAUAUGUCUUGUGCUGAAGAUUUAGAUGAGUUUUGUACUCAGUUGGAUGCAUCUCCACAUCAAAGAGAGACAAUCAAGCAGUAUGCUGCAGCAAUUAAUGGACUAAUGAUGGACGUUCUGUAUAAGAUGGGUGAAGGGUUGGGACUGCCAAAUGUUUCCUUUGAGGAUUGGCCUUGUCAGUUUAGGAUUAACAAGUACAACUUCACCCCAGAAGUUGUAGGUUCCUCUGGGGUUCAGAUACACACAGACUCGGCAUUCCUUACUAUUCUACAGGAUGAUGAAAGCGUUGGUGGUCUUGAGGUCAUGAAGAAGUCUGGUGAAUUUGUAGCAGUUGAUCCUUGGCCAAACACCCUCCUUGUGAAUAUUGGAGACAUAGGCACGGUAUGGAGCAAUGGAAGAUUAUACUCUGUCAAGCAUAGAGUGAUAUGCAAGGAAGCAAAACUCCGGGUGUCUAUUGCUUCAUUCAUCUUGGGACCAAGGGACACAGCAGUGGAACCACCACCUGAGCUGGUAGAUGCUGAACACCCCCGUAUCUAUGUUCCUUUCACUUUCAUUGAUUAUAGGGAGCUCCGUUUAUCAACAAAGUUACAGGCGGGGGAAACUCUUGAUCUUAUGCGCACUAACUUGUAAAACUUUGGCAAGCAUCUCAGGUCCUCCGUUAUAUUAAUUUACAGAAAUGAUCUUGAAAGUAGAUGAAUCUUAGUGGGAUUUCAUCUACUAUAUAUUGUCAAUGAUCUAAUACUACAAUAGCCUAUAAAAUGGCAGAGCAUUUAUGCAUAUCAACAAAAGCAUCUAUGAUCCAUCUUUGUAUUGUGUUCUUCUGUUAUCUAUUGAUUUUAUAAGAAUUGAUCAGGUCUUAUCUUUCAUUACAA